CGUUGUGGGUUGUUUACGCGAGUGCUUCAAAUCACAACUCCUCCAAAAUUUCUGUCACGGGAAAAAAACGAAUUGAUAUUUUUAUAUCACCAUGACUGCAGAUCUGUCACAACUUCUGUCAACACUGACGCUGGAGACCAAUCCAGAGAGCAAGGUUGAGAGUCCUGACAUCCUUAAUGAGCAGUUCAAGAAAAUUCUUGCUGCCUUGCCCAUUGAUUUUGAAGAUUCUCCUGAUGCUGUAGCAGCUGUGUCAACAAGUCUCAGUUCCGGGGCUUUGCUAGGCCUGCUUCAAAGAGGCCUCGGCAGCUCUGAUGAUGCUGUCAAGACCUCUGCUGCUGAAGUUGUGGCAAAAAUGGCAAAGUGUGAAACUCAUCGGUGCAGCAAUGAGCUGGUGUUGCUGGUGCCUUCCCUGCUAGCCCUGCAGGAGACGGAGCCUCAGGACACCAGCAGCACCAGCCUAGCCAGGGUCCUACAGGCAACCAGGGCGCUGGGUAACAUCUGUUACGAACAUGACGCUGGUCGGGUCGCUGUGCUGGAGAACGGAGGCGCUGCAGCCAUCGUAGCUUUGCUUCAGCGAGCCAUUGACUGGCCUGAUGUACAGUCAACGCAUCAGGAGAGUGAAGCAGAUGAUGAGGAGGACGAGGCCUGCUUGAGUCCUGUACAGGAGCUACGCGCCGUCGUCACAGGCUUCCUGCUCAACCUCACCAACUCCUGCGACAGGAUUACCGCAGUGCUGUGCACCGUGCAGUGCGUACAGCUGCUGUGCCAGUACCUGGAGCAGCACAGCGAGGAGGAAGACAUCGCGACGCAAGUGCUGCUCGCGCUCGCCUGCAUGGCCGACUCCCCCUUGGGCCGGGAGACGCUGUCAGCGGUGGACCUGAGCCCGCAGCUCUGCCUGCUGUUGACACACAGCGUCGCUCCUGACGUCAUAGAGGCCUGCCUCGAGCUGACUACCACGCUCGCUGAGAUGGAUGUUUGCAAAGUUCAGUUUGCGAAAGGGGGCGUGUGUGAAGCUGUGAUGGAGGUGGUGCGGAGAUGUACUUCAUCACAUUCAUCAUACGGGGCAAUCAAUUCAACACAUUCGCCAUACGGGGCACUCAAUUCAACACAUUCACCAUACGGGGCAGUUAAUUCAACGCAUUCAACACACGAUAAAUCUUUGUCCGAUAAAAUGUCCUCGCAAACAAUCACUGAAGCCGAUAAUCUUGAAAGCCAAGUUAAUCCAGAAAAUUCAGAUCAUCCAGAAAAUCCAGAUAAUGCAGGAAAUCUAGAACAUGCAGAUAAUACAGAAGCGUGUGCGCUGGAUUCACUGCUGGAUGAAUCAGAUGUUCAUUCAGAGUUUUGUUGGCAAGCCAUCAUCCAGACAGCCACGGACCUCAUCGUGCUCAUCCUGCUCGGAGACGCGAGCAUGCCGCUAAUAUACAAGGAGGGCCGCGGGCCGGUCUUCGUGCAGCUGAUGGCCUGGCUGGCGUCAGGUGACGAGACUCUACAGGUGCCAGCUGCACUUGCCAUGGGCAACUUCGCACGAACAGACGAGCAGAGUAUGCAGCUUGUCAGCAUGGGGGUGUCAGCAUCACUGCUGCAGCUGCUGCAGCAGCAUACCUGCAGCACGGGACGCGUUGUGGUGCAGCAUGCCGUGCUGGCAGCAUUACGCAACCUCAGCAUAGCGCAGCAUAACAAGCGAGCCCUCAUCAUGCAGGGCGCGCUGCACGUGCUGGUGCCGCUGAUGGCAACAGUUGACAGUUUUCCUGUCGUCUUCAAACUCCUGGCAACGCUCAGGAUGAUCGUCGACGGCAACGCAGAUGCUGCCAUUGCUAUCGGGAUGUGUGUGCCGGCGGUGCAGAAGCUGGUGUGGUGGUGCGGGGUGCAGGAGCAUCCCGGGGUGCAGGGGGAGGCAUCCCGCCUCCUGGCCGCCCUUGUGAAGAACGUCCUGGCGGGUCCACCACAUUCUCUCGUGCCACCUGCCAUGGCUGCAAGUGGCAGUGACAGUGGCAAUGAUUCAUCAUCAUCAUCUAAUGAUGGCACCAACAACACUAACUCUAGUGGUUAUCUCAGUGCUGAUAACUUCAACCCAAUCAAUCAACCCGACAGUUCAACCGUCAACUUGACGACUCAACCCGACAGUUCAACCGUCAACUUGGGAACUCAACCCGAAAAAUCAACUGUCAACCCAAGAACUCAACCGAACAGUUCAACCGUCAACCCAAGAACUCAACCGAACAGUUCAACCGUCAACUUGACAAAUCAACCCAACAGUUCAACUGUCAACCCUACAAAUCAACCCGAAAGUUCAACCGUCAACUUGACAAAUCAACCCAACAAUGUUGAAGAAGCCGAAAAAAGCAAAAUUGCUGAAAAUGAAAACAAUGAUGAAGAAAAAUGUGAAAACAACCCUACAGGAGUGAAAAGCAACCCUAGUGAAGGGGUUGCAAUUGUAGACGUCCCUGUUGGGGUUGCGGUGUUGCACAGCCUCGUGGAGCGGGGUUGCUUGACACCCCUGCUCAACAUGUUGCGUUCAUGUUACCCCAUCAUGAUCCAGGAGGCGUGUCUGGCGCUGUCGCUGUGCCUGGGCCUGUGCAAGGACCUGCCUGGAGUGCUGGACCACCUGGACCCUCCCCUCCUGAGGGAGGGAGUGGCUAAUGUGGCCACUCGUGCUGCUCUUAGUGGCGUGUGUCCGCCCUCUGCCGCAGAGCUGCUCGAGAAUUCUGUCAACACUUUGAAGGAAGCUGCCGUUGCCACUGAGUUGCCAGCUGCUGCCACUGAGUUGCCAGCUGCUGCCACUGAGUUGCCUGCUGCUGCCACUGAGUUGCCAGCUGCUGCCACUGAGUUGCCUGCUGCUGCCACUGAG